CGGAGGCGGCGGUGAACUAUCGCAUCAAGGACGCAAAUGCGCGCGAUGCAGUGCACCGUUCGGUAGAUUUUACAACACCGGUGCGACUUGCAAGCGCUGCAGACAUCGGGUGUGUCGGCAAUGUCGCAUCGAGACCAGGAAUUACGCAGGAGGUGACAAAGAAGUCGAGUGGAUCUGCAACAUAUGCUACAAGAUCGCAGAAUUACACGUUGCCGAUAAAUGGACGAACGAAAGUCCGACUUCCGGUGAAUUUGCAAACGAACAGACAUCAUUGUCCUCAGUGGAUAUACUGAAUCGCAGCAUACGACGAGCUUGGACGAUUAAUGGUCCUCCACGUUGGUCAGCUGCAAGAAGAUCUCCGGAAUUGCGGAUAUAUCGCAGUCUGCCGUCUCGCCAUCAGGAUUACCGGGAACCGGUGAACGAUUCGAGCUUCGCCGAUAGAACGUCAUCGAGAACCGAAGAGUUGCGAGAAAGCAGUUCGAAGGAGGGCAUCGAGAACACCGGAGAAAACUCCAAGGAUGCAAAUGAAGCGAUCGAGAGGAGAAACACACCGAACAACGAACGAACGAAACGAGAACAAUCAGUCAGUAAAUUAGAGGAGAAAGUGCCAUCAGCAGACACUUCGAAAGUCAGCAAGAGGGUUGAAGCGGAGCAAGAGAAUUAUCCGCAAGAGCAGAGUACGCCGAGGAUCUCGCUGAUAAAACCGCCGAAAAUUUUGGCGAAAUUUAUAUCGUCCGAUGCAAAACUGAGCCCGGCGAAGCAUGGCGAAAGAAAAUCAAACAUUCCUAUUCUUAAAAGGAGCUCCAGAGAAUUCGAGGACAUACGUAGUCCACAGGAGUCGCCUAAACGAUCACUUAUUCCCCUCAGGUACAGAGGAAGCACCGACGAUUUGAGACGCAGCCGCGAGGACAUAAGCGUGCCGAGUCUGAUUCCAAAAUUAUUGUCUUCCCGCGGCAAAGACGAACGUCUGAAGCGGCAGGAUAGCAAGGACGACAUCCGUUAUUCGCUGAAGUCCACACGAAAGGAUCUCAAGGAGGAGGUGCGAUCUCCGCCAUUUGUCGCCUCGUUAACGCCCACCAGCAAGGACGAAGCCGGCAAAUCGGGAAUACGAAUAUUUCGCCGCGACAACAGUCGCGAGGACGUGGGCAGAGAUAGUGCGAAUUUGAUCAAAGAAUCCGCAAAAGGAAAGCAAGAGAGAACGGAGACCGUAGGCGGCUUAGCAAAAUCGAAAGUCACCGGCGAACAAAAUAAGAUCAAGUGCGAAGACUACAAGGAAGGUACCAACGACUGUGAGGAAUCGUCGAGGAUUAUAGAAACGAUUGUUUCCGUCGAGCGGGACGAAAUAAAUUUGGAAAACGAGAAAACCGAUGUUGAGAAUCAGAAGGCAAGGAUGAUCGACGUUAUCGUCGUGGGGAAUAGGACGCAGGACGAACGAACGCGAGAGCAGAACACAAUGGUCGUAGGCGAGGAGAUGAUAGACGAGAAGCAUUUGCUCGCGAUCGAAGAACCGGUCGAGUCCGUCGCGGAGAACGACAAGGAGAGGUACAACAUCGAGGAGGACACGAGCAUCGCCGAACGUUUGUUGGACGUUAGCAGCGACGGAGACAUCGUCGGUAUCGUUACCGAAAAAAAGGGUUUGCUGGAGUUUGGUUAUGAAAAGAGGGCGGAUGAGUUUCAAGUGGUGAGACGAAAGUUUUCCAAAGAGGAAUUUUCGAAUCCGGACGAUACUGACGACACUCCAAACAAGCGUUGUUCAAGCCAUUUGUCGCCCGAAGCCAGUCCGCUGAGCACAAGAUCAUCGAGAUACAGUCCUCGCGAGAGCGAGAGCGAGCCAACUCCUGCACUGCCGCGUAAAAUCGGAGCGGACUCUUGCUCCGCUUCUCAGAGAAUACGCGACGCCAUAACACGAACCAGAAGAGAGUCCAACAGCAGCACCAGAUACGAGAGCAGCGGCAGCGAGAGCGUCAGAUUAAGCGAGACCGGUUUGCACGGAUAUGUGGAUGUGACCAGAAAGGUGAAGUUCUUCGGCGGCGGUACCAGCGGUGCGGUUUCGUCGACGAUCGGCGGCGACGAGGUGGUGCAACGUGACAGUGCAACCAGUGCGGGCGAGGACGAAGUCAACGAAGAUGGCCACGACAGAACAGGACCAAUUCCUUCGCAGGGAAGAUCGAUGUUGCGACGUAGAAGACAAUUUGACGCUCAGGGUUCACGACGACGCGGAAGAUCGCACGCGAGGUCCUGCUGCGGCGGCGAGGAUCUGCAGAGUCUGCAGACGGUGAAUCUGAUCGGACGGGGUGGGGCCGGAAGCGGUGGUCGGCAUCGCAGUCCCAAUUCCACCUCAGGUGGACAGAGUCAGGAUUUAUUGGCGUCCAUAGUGGACUACAGACGCCUGGUGUUCAUCAGCUCGGACUCGUCGUCCGGUCGUGAAGAGGACGACGCGGACAGCAGUUGCUCGAGCUCGUCCUACCUGAACGGACUGCCGCGCAACAGCGGCCAUUAUCAUCAUCACGCGCAGUCGCUUGAGGACUGCGACUGGGACUACUUCGAAAGCGGUUCCCUGCCGUUGCCGACAACGCCAAUCGCCAACGUUGGUGCCGGUGUCAACGUCACCAGCACAGCGGACGCCUCCAGUGUCAAUCAAAACGUUUGGAGUUGCUGUCCGGGACGCGGUUCCGGCGCCUGUCAGGCUUGCGGCGGUUCUCGAAGUGCGAACGUCCUCCCAGUGCCGGUGCCCAUACCGGUUCCGGUUCCUUACCCGGUGCCGAUACCGGCCGCACUGUGGACCGGUGAUUUCGCGGCGGCCGCAUCAUCGAUGAUAAGCCGCGGCGAAGGCCAUUCCGAGCCGGGAAGUCUAAGGCUACGAGGUGAUCCCGCAGCGCCCUGGUUCGCCUGGCAUCCGCGCUUCAAUCAACCUCUACAUGGCGCACGUCUGGACCCCCAGCUUGCCAGCACCUUCGAUCCGGCCACUUGCACUUUUCGCCCACCGGAUCAGGUGAUAGCGCCGCAAUUGUACGACGCGAUAACCGAAACGGCGACAGCACCAUCGACUCUCGAAUCCUCUCAAAUGGGUGGUCAAAAUGUGAGAGAUGAUGCGAAAAUCGUCACGAAGACUGAAGAGCUCAAGAAAGAAGAGACCUUGUCGAAAGACAUCAGUGAGUCCAGUUCCUCCAGCAUAAAGAACAAAUCGAAGUCGAAAGAAAUACAAAAUAGUGAAGUAAAGUGCAAUGAAGACGACGAAGAGAUAGAUGGAAGAAAUGAAGAAACUGCCUGCGAGGAUUCUCUGUCAUCGUCUUUCGAGAGAAGCGCCCAGGAGAUGUAUCAGUGUUCAGGAGAGGACUCGGGCAGCUCGUCCGGGAGAUCAUCGGCGGACAGCAGUGAUCUGGAAGAUGAUUCCAGCUCGCACAGAUUCUCCAGAGUGUUCGUUGUUAAUGACGACUCGCUCACCAGCGACAACGAUAUCGAAGACAACGAAGAAGAUGAUUCGGAUUCCGCGGCCGAAGGUGGAGUGACCUUGAAACGCAUCAUCUCGAUUCCCGAGGAGGAAUCUGUGGUAUUGCAACACGUGAGACUGCUGAACGACGAGGAUGCCAUUGUAGAAAGUGAAACCUGCAAGGAUAACUUGGAAGAGUCCGAUGGCCGUUCCAAGGCCUAUGUGGUUGACAAUCGUCGCGACGAGGAUAAUAAAUUGUCAGAUAAACCUGUUGCCAAUUCGAACGACAAACGAAAAAGUCGCGGCAAGAAAAAUGGGACCGGCGACAAGCGAAUUCCUCUUUUGCUACGACACAAAUCAAUUACCGAAGAGGCGUAUUUAGCAGAUAAUAAUGACUGUUCCAAUAAUCGAAUCGAACUUAAAUCCAUCAGAACACUCGAUCCUGAUAGUAUCAAUUUGCCUGUAGCUACUUCGAAUACAAGCGAAAAAUCUGUUUCGGAAGUACAUGUUUUUGAAGAAAAAACAAUUGAGACAUCAAAGAUUUCGCAGGAUGAUUUGAUCGAGCCAAAGUCACCUUCCAGCGACGUUUGGGACUCGACCAUCGUUCCGGAUUCCCUCGAAAUCUCCGGAACCUCUUCCAAAGUUUCGGUUCCAGCGGACAACGUCAACAGCCAAGACAAAUUUCAAAAUACUACCGAUAACGAAAUCUCGCGUUUGAUAGCAACGAACGAUUACGAGAAGCGAGGAGAUAAGUCAUGUUUAUCAGAAACAAAUUGCUCGAAUGGCGACGUUAUCGUUGACGCGUCCACUGACAGUUGCACCAGCAAUGAGAGUAACAUCACGGGGAGCGAAGUGAGCAGCGACGAUCUUCACGAGUACGAGGUAAAUCAGUCCGAGUCAUCCUUCGAUUUCAGUAAGCAGGUCGCCGCGAUCAACGACGAACUGCUACACCAAAUCGGCAGAAAGAAAACGGAAGACACGUCGAGAAAUAUCAAGGAGAACAGUCAUUUUUACGGUAACCGUGAUAACGGAAGCAGUUCGAUGAUGACUAAGAGCUGCGUCAAUCGAAGCGAGAGAUCGAUCAGCGAGCGGUCUUCGAACGAUUCGACGACAACGGAGGCGGUGAUCGGUGCGAAGUACGACAACAACGGCGAUGACGAAGACGACGACGAGGGUUAUCGGUCCGUUAUGUGUCGUCGCGACGGCGGUGGCGGCAGCAGCAGUGACGGCCAAGAUGGCGAGGCGGGAGACAACGACCCGUCGGUGGGCGAAGAGCGGGCAGGAGUAGUCGACGAUGUGGGCGACGCGAUAUCCACCGGCAGGAUCCAGGAAAGGCUGGGGAGCGCGGAGAAGGAACAAGACGACGCCAGCAGCAAGGUGGAUACUGCGCAUGACGGCCCGGUGAGAGGCGAGAUUACAGCACAGGUGGGAGGAAGUGGUGAUGGUAACAAUUGCGCCAGUGACGGUAGUAGUAGUGGUGAGAGCCCCGAGGAGGGGAGCCCGACACGAUUUCGCUCAGUCGAGCGACGUCUGUGCACUCGGCAAGAGAAUGGCCCCCCAGCUGAUAGCCAAGCGUUGGCCAAGGAUCUUGCGAGAGACUCAGUCCAACUCAACAGCAACAACAACAGUAGCGGUAAUAAUAAAUACAGAAGCUUCGUGAUGAUCACUCAGGAAGCGUCGUAUCAACCGGUAAGCGUCGUCACGUCGGACACGACGACGCUGUUGCAACCGGACGAGACUCAUCUCGGAAACCAGAAAGGUCUUGCCGGCUAUUUCCAGCUAGCAUUGGAAGCGACCAGCGAGCAACCUCGCAAGAAUGCUCCGCGUAAGCCGCUGAUGGUGAAGAGGCUGCCAGCUGCGGUGUCCGGCGUUGCAACGAAUCAUCAGUCGAUCGAGCUCGAGGCGGAUAGUGGUUUGAGUGUCGGUAGUGCUAGUGAAAGCGACGACGUGUCCGUGAAGAACGCGCAAAAACCUCUCAAUUGUUGGCAGGAGAGCGCGGAUGACGUGUCGAAAGAACGUUUAGUGUCAGAGUGUCGUGAGAAUACGCGCGCACGUGCCUCAUCGCAGUCCAGCGAUGACUGUUCCGGUUCUGUUGUAGUUAGCGGAGUUGUUAUUCUCGAAGACGGUCUGGCAGAUGACGAUUCCUGGGUAGAGGAAGUGUCUCAUGAUGAGGACGAACUUGGAGGAACCACUGCCACCGAAGAGAGCUCCGAGGAUGAAGCCAAUAACUUUGGAGAUCGUGAAGAGGAGCUUAGAGGUUACCGAAGACAAGCGAUCGACUUUACUUUACACACCAUCGUUGAGGAAUCUUGCGAGGAGAGCGAAACGGAGCCCAGUCUGGCUGCGGGUAGUCCCUCGAAGAAGCCGAGACCACCUUCCGCAUCGGAACUGGAAAAAUACUUUUUCUUCGGAUUGGGUGGUGAGGGAAACAACUCCAGCAUAGGUUCGCGUGAAGUUGACAGUCUGUCGGAAACCUCCUCGAUCUAUUCCGAAGGAUUAGAGUCGCUCGGACAGGACGAGGUCAACGGCAGUGGUCAAAACCAGGACAGAUCAAACACCAGUGACGGUUUCAUGAAUUCUUCCCGAUUAGAAAAGUAUUAUCUAUCAGAAUUCCUUGGUUUCGAUCAGGAUAGAAGAGAUUCUGACGGCUCGGUAGGAAGCGAUUCCGAAGGUAGACCCAGUCCGGAAGCACAGAGAAGAAAAAAAUUAGUGCGCGCAAGAGGCACAGGCAGAUCCCACAGUUCUUCCUUGGAUAAUCUGUUGGCUCUUACGCAGAGCUCGCAGAACUUGAGCUCGCAGAAUUCUCUUCAGGAUCUGAGCCUCAAUCAGGACACGCAGGAAACUCAGUCUGAGGAUUCGUCUACGGAGACCGAUGGCACCGAGGACGGUCAGAGCGCCGUUUUCGGCACGGACGGCCAGUUUGACACGGUGAAACGCAAGAAGAAAAAGACACGAAAUCUAGGAACUCAAAGUCCGCGUGUUCCAGACGAUCGGAACAAAACGCCUGAACCCAGCAGAGAACUGACACUGAUGAACGAAAUCGUGAUGGAGAACGACAACGAGGCGAUAAAUUCCGAAGAUUCGGACAGAGCGAAGACACCGCAGCCGGAGUCUGUUCUGUCCUCGUCCUCGUCGCCGUCCACCCUCACCAACAGCAACAACACGCUAAAUUCCCCGUUAUCUUCGCAGGCGGACUCAUCGAGAAAUUCUGUUCUGGCGAAUUUGAACGAUAAUCAACGAUCGAAGCAGCAAUCGCGCGACUCGGGUUUCGUCGGCAGCUGCGACGAUCUUCUUCAGCAUCAGAAAUUUCCUGACGACAAUCAAGCGAAUAAUGCUGAAACCGAUCAAGAAGGCGGCAAGGAUCGCUUGCUCAACAAGAUCUCGGAGCAUCCUCAAGAUGCAAAUCAGUGCGCUACUGAAAUGGUCGGCACGGAGAGGAACAACGUGACGAAACACUCGGUGAAUCACACGAGCCUGCCGCACUUGGCGAACGCGUCGCUGUCGCGUAAGGACAGCUUUAACAACUGGUCCAGCGACGAGGAAACGAAUCUCAUGAUGUCGAAGAUGCGACAGUUCUUCAAGACAAUGGUAGCCAAUACAAACGGCCAAACUCAGGGACAGAAUGUCGCCAGCACGAAUUCCAGUGGCGCUUCGCCGGCGCCGAGUCCUCGACUCGCGGGAUACACGUCCAAGACGCGAGUCUGCGCUCAAAAUCGCACAAAACCGCCGCAAUUGGUGUAUUUCGAGAACGAACUCACGCGACUGAUGAAAACAGUCCCGGGAAUUCGCGACGAGCAGGUGCGCGAGAUCGUCGAGUAUCUCAGUUCGGAGGACACGUGGUCGGAUUCCUACGACAGCUCGGACUACACUAGUUCUGACCUCGAGUGCGCCGCUGGAGGUCGUAGAUCCGCUUUGCAGGAGCAGAUCUCGCAAAGCUGUCAGCAGAUUAUCAGCAAAUUCGACACUACCUCCGGUGACGCAACUCUAUCGGACAAGGAGAAAGAACAACUCAAGGAACCAGGAUCGGAAACAGGUACCGUGAUACAACCCGCACCUUAUUUAGGCAGAGACACCGCUUUCGUCUAUCAGAAGCUGGUACAGAGCUUCACGAAGAUGACCGGCGACGGCGUGAGCUCGGACGCUAACUCGACGCCACACAGUAGCCCGCCCUUGAUCGCCAAAGUGAUGCAUCACAUUGGCAGUCGGCUGGUGGCGUUGAUGCACGAGGUUUCGGAAGGCGGUCCAACCGCUCAACAUCAUUCCACUACCUGGCGACGAUAUUCUCAACAUCACCGAACUCCAUCCUCGGCGUCUACUACCGAAGACGACGAAUCAACAUCCGAUUCCACCAAUACACCUUCGUCUGCGCAUUUGCAAUUGCCAAGAUCGAAGUCGCACGACCCUCUAUUGUUGAUCAACAGUCAUCCGGUAGCUUCCACCGGUCAAGAGGGAGAAGAACGAGAAGCAAGCGAUUACGAGAGGUUCUCCUGGCGCGGUAGCUUUGAAUCCGCGCUGAUGGCCGCCGACUCAAGAACGAAACUGAGUCUGUUGGCGUGUUCCGGUGACGUAAGUGGUGGUGGUGGCAGUGCUAGUGCGAGUGCUCUCGCCGCGAAGCGUCGCAGCGCCGGUGAUCUUCUCUUCAAUCCGAAGAGCUUCUCCAGGGAACAAUUGGACCGAGUGAGAAGCUGCGGUUCGAUCGGCGGCGGUAGCGGAGGUGGAAUAACUAGCGGUGGAGGUGGCGGCGACGGAUGUGGUGGUUCCGUCGAGGAGAGGAUCUGGAGCAACCGAAGAUCUUCCGUUCCCGAUGCUAAUACCAGGGGAGAGUCAGGUGCGUCGGCCGGUGAUGAAGAUACCGAGGAUGAAUUGGAAUACAGUGGGGAAUCCCGUGCAACAACUCUUCCACGUGGUAUGCAAUCCGCGAUCAGUGCAGCUACCAAUUCCCUGCCGCGACUACCCGCGUCGACCACGACGACUGGUCUGACAACAACAACGUCGUCAUCGGCAGCGGCAACGGCGGCGUCGUCGUUAUCAUCGCCGAUGCACAAAGCGCACAGUGUCUAUCACUUCCUGCCACAACACAGUGGUGUCAAAUCCGCCCGGUAUCGACCGCCUGGUUUUGCAAGAAACAGCAAUGUCGGAACCGGUGCUAUCGGCGGUGGACCUAAACGUGCAGUCAGUGCGCCGGGUCUUCAGGUUUCCGGCUCGCAAUCGACCGGAAAACGUGACAGUUCGAGGUCGAGGAGGCAGCAGACAAUGUCACUUACUUCAGACGAUGGAAGCAGUCUGUCGGAGGCGUGCAGCACGCCGAUUAUCGGAGCGGGAUCGAGAGCAGGCUCUAGUCACACAGUCAUCGAUAUGGACGACAUGGAUCCGGGCCAUCUCGCCGCUCGCUCGUCUCUGUCGAGUCUCGGAGCACGUUCUGAUUCGAUGGCGUCGGUGUACAGCGGCGCGGGUGAGGGACGUUGCUGUCGUUCCGUGGUCGUCACAGGUGAGGUGGAGUUCGCUUUGCAGUACGACUACAAGAAUCUGACGUUCGAGGUGCACGUGACCAAGUGCAAGAACCUCGCGCCCGUAGACGUGAAGCGUAAACGAUCGGAUCCAUAUGUUAAAGUGUAUUUAUUGCCGGACAAAUCGAAGAGCGGCAAAAGAAAAACGAAGGUGAAGAAGCAUACGCUGAAUCCGGAAUUCAACGAAACGCUGAAGUUCCAUAUGAGCUUAAGUGGCCUGGAAACGAGAACGUUGUGGCUAACAGUUUGGCAUUCGGACAUGUUUGGUCGCAACGACUUCCUCGGUGAGGUGCGAAUGCCUCUGGAGAACAAGAUAUUCGACGAUCCGACGCCGCACUGGUAUCCUCUUCAGGAGAGGACGGAACCGUUCGACGAUCCGGUCUCGUAUAAAGGCGAGGUAAUCGUCGGGCUGAAAUUCGUGCCUCCGGACCCGACGCAACAAGAACGCGAUCGGGAAAACGGAGUGGAACGUGGCAAAACGAAGAAGAAUUGGAGUCGCGGUGCACUCCACGUGCUCGUCAAGGAAGCUAGAAACUUGCAGACGCGCGGCAAAAAUUCGGGCACCUGCGAUCCUUUCUGCAAAAGCUACCUACUACCGGACAAAGGUCGAUCCGGCAAGCAAAAGACCGGAGUCGUUCGUAGAUCCGGUGGUUCGCCGGUGUGGGGUCACACCUUUAUUUACAAGGACGUCAGUUUGCAGGAGUUGGCAGAACGCGGAUUAGAACUGACAGUUUGGGAUCACGAUCGAAUCGCUAGCAAUGAAUUUCUCGGCGGCGUUCGAUUUAAUUUAGGCACCGGAAAGCACUAUGGGAAACCGGUGGACUGGAUGGAUGCGACCGGUCGGGAACUGUCUCUAUGGCAGAAUAUGCUCGAGAGACCGAAUUUUUGGGUCGAGGGCGCAGUGACGUUGAGGCCGAAUUUACACAAUCACGGGAAAAACAGCGGUUCUUAAAAGACGCGAUAAUCUUAAGUAAUUUUUAGUUUCCCCGUUCUGAAUGAUGAGAAACAAUUCGGAAUGUCCAUUUAGUCGAAAUAUAGAUUGUAUAUAGUUUUUUGGGGGUGUCGCGCUUCCGACGGACGUAUUAUUUAAGUUUUUUUUCAAUCGAAAAUCAGUGCCUUUGUGGAAACAACGUGUGUGUAUAGUAAUAAUAUUUCUGUACGAAAGAAUAUUUUUCUGCGAAGAUUUUUCGAUUUACGGCAAAGAUCAACGAUUUUUCGCCCGAAAUUGAAGACAAUUAUACGUCAAUGUCGGUUUCGCUCUAAUAUUUUUAUAUGUAGCAAUACGUACGCGUAUUACAAAAUUAUUAAAUUAUCUUCUAAUUUCUUUGUUCUCAUGUUUAUGUUAUAUUGUCACUUUAUGUACAAUUACUUUUCCAUAUUAUUAUAUAAAAAAUGUUUUAUAUGUAUCAAAUUCGUCUAUAAGUAUAUAAUUUCUUUCUAUUAUCUAUUUCAUUUUGUGACAUGUUUGCUUUCUUGAUUUCAUUCUUUUUUUGGAUUUUAUUUGUCACUUUGACUGAUUUAAAAAGUAUACGAAAGAGUGUAAAAAAGUGUUUGUAUUUUAUGAUGCAAAAGACAAGUUGUUUUCAAAAACCAAUUUUGUUUCUUUGGUUAACAUGUGUGUGAUGAGAAAAUUAAUAUAAUGAAAAAAUA